UUUAAAACAGACAUAAACACAAUGGCUGCAGCCUGUUCAGAUUUUUAUUUGCGGUAUUAUGUUGGUCACAAAGGCAAAUUUGGCCAUGAAUUUCUUGAAUUUGAGUUCAGACCAGACGGAAAAUUACGUUAUGCAAAUAACUCAAACUACAAAAAUGACACAAUGAUCAGAAAAGAGGCUUUUGUGCACAAGUCAGUUAUGGAAGAACUGAAGAGAAUAAUUGAAGAUGCAGAGAUUAUGCAAGAAGAUGAUAACUUAUGGCCCUCGCCUGACAGAGUUGGCAGACAGGAACUUGAAAUUGUGAUUGGAGAUGAACACAUUUCAUUCACUACGUCGAAGAUAGGAUCAUUAGUUGAUGUAAACCAAAGCAAAGACCCCGAAGGACUGAGGACGUUCUACUACCUGGUGCAGGAUCUCAAAUGUCUUGUGUUUUCCCUCAUCGGCUUGCACUUCAAGAUCAAACCUAUUUAAAACAAACAUUUGUCACACUGUUUUUAUCAUGUCUCAUAGCUUUUAUCAUCACAUUGGUCAUUUGGAAAUAAAGACUUUUAAAAAAGGAA